AGCCGGUCACCAGUGACGUCACCAGUGAUAUCGCCAAUGACAUCGCCAAUGACAUCACCAGCGACAUCAUCAUCUGCGUCACCAGUGACAUCACCAGUGGCAGCAUCACCAGCAACGUCACCAGCGACAUCACCAGUGACAUCAUCACCAGCAACAUCGCCAGCGACAUCACCAGUAGCGUCACCAGUGACAUCACCAGUGACAUCAUCACCAGCGACGUCACCAGCGACAUCACCAGCGACGUCACCGGUGUCGUCAUCAUCAGCAGCACCAGUGACAUCACCAGUGAUGUCAUCAUCAGCAUCGCCAGCGACAUCACCAGUGGCGUCACCAGUGACAUCACCAGUGACAUCAUCACCAGCGAUGUCACCAGCGACAUCACCAGCGACAUCACCAGUGAUGUCAUCAUCAGCAUCCCCAGCGACAUCACCAGUGGAGUCACCAGUGACAUCACCAGCGACAUCACCGGUGUCGUCAUCAUCAGCAUCACCAGCGACAUCACCAGUGACAUCAUCACCAGCGUCGUCAUCAUCAGCAUCACCAGCGACAUCACCAGUGACAUCACCAGUGACAUCAUCACCAGCAACAUCACCAGCGAUGUCACCAGUGACAUCACCAGUGAUGUCAUCAUCAGCAUCACCAGUGACGUCACCGGUGACAUCAUCAUCAGCCUCACCAGUGACGUCACCAGCAGUGUCAUCAUCAGCGUCACCA